GAACCACAUUAUGGCAUAUGCCUUGGCCAAAUGGCAAACCGCUUCAACCAUUGGAGUAAUAUCAUUAGUACCAAAUGACAACCAAGUUGUAUUUGAUCUCUAAAAUGCCUUGCAAUUUUUAAAAAAUGAAAACAUUAGUCAAUUCCAAAAAAUGUAAGUAUACUAAUACCAAUGCUAGUAAAUAUAUCACAACCUAAGGAGGAAAAUGGUAUUACUUACCAUUCAACAAAGAGGUAGUACAAUUGGUAUUGACUGCAAGUGAUUACAAUUAAGAAAAUGUGGAAAUGCUCAUCAAUUCCAUCAAUGCAAAAAUUGUACAUUCUCUAUUUUAUUCAUUAGUUUGAUCACAAUCCAGUAACUCCAUAAAAUAUAUCCAUAUAAUAAAAGCAGAAUAUCUAUAAUUUGUUAAUCUACUUCGAUUAAGCCCAUGGCAAAGAACCAAAACAGAUAUAAUAAAUUCUAUAAACUUUGGAUAACACUAAGUAAACUGUUCAACAAAACAUUGAAAAACUGAUCAAUAACAAAGAAUAGCUUCUGAAUAUUGAAGGUUGUAUUCAACUAUAUUGAUAUCAUUAGUUUAAUCACUAGAAUUGGAUAAUAGUUCAUAGGUAUUUUUAAAUUCGGCGUAAGAAUUGCACAGAAAAUAAAGAAUGUAAAAAUUAAAAACUAGAUUAAUUAUUGGAUCAAUAAUCGUAGUUGGGCUAGCAAUCUCAUUAUAUACAAUAUUUGGUUGAAUUCAUAAAUAAAU